CGAAAUGAUGGCUGCAGCAGCACAAGAACAACAAGUCCAAACCCAACUGAACCGAUUCAAGAAUAACCUUGGUGAACUAUUGCAGCCUGGCCUUAGCCCUGAUAUCAUGGAUGUUGAUUAUGAGUUCAAAGAUGAUGAAGAGGAUAAUGUGGACUUCUUGCAUAUCGAUCUGAUGGACCUUUAUCCCAUUCUUAAUAGUAAUAAGAGAUAUAUAGAAAAGCUGAAGAAUUUUAGAAAUAGUUUUCAUAAAAUAUCUAUGUUUUAUCUUCUUCCAAAAGAAAGUGACUCAAAGAGAACCCUUCAGCUUAGAAUUAUACAACCUAUUCUAUCAAAAGUCAUUCACAAAAUUGAAAUUUCCGAUUUCACAAUACACACUAAAUGUCUCAAGAAAGCAUUUGCUACUUUAUAUAUAGUCAAAGACAUAAAAUUCAACUUCUGAGAUCUGCACACCGCAGACCUUCUGCCCUCAGCCACUCAGAUCCCGUACAAGACCAGCACUCUCUAUUUGAUCAAUUGCAGGAACCCCUCUCGCUCGCUUGGAUGCCCGAAGGAAUUCGAAGAUGUGUUUAACUUCGUCAGUCGUUGAGGCUUAAGACAUUCCUUGGGAGAGAUCAUUGUUAGGGAUAUUGACAGAGACCAGAAUACUAGUGAAGAGAUGGUAGAAAAAUAUGGGUUGGAGAAUAUGAGCAUUAACAUGCUUGCUUUCGGAGAGACUUUUCCUAGAAGACAAAUCAAGAAGAAGAAAUCUAAGUGUAUUAUUCAAUAG